AUGGGAAAACAAGAUGCCACAGCCACGGUAUCAGUCGAGAGUUCACCGUCAUCGACGGAAAAUAGAACGUGGUAUCGCACUACACUUUUCAAUGCCUUCGUUAUCGGCGGGGUUGGCUUCAUGGCCCCGGGGUUAUGGAAUGCCAUGAACUCCCUGGGUGCCGGAGGCGCCCAAUCGCCGUUUUUGAUCAAUGCUGCGAAUUCGCUUGUUUUUGGACUGAUGGGAUUCUUGUGUCUCCUUGGAGGCCCAAUUGCGAAUCGCAUCGGACUGAACUGGACCCUAUUGCUGGGAGCUAUCGGGUAUCCAAUUUAUUCGGCUGCGUUAUAUACGAAUAACCGCUAUGGAAACGUCUGGUUUGUCCUCGUGGGAUCGGCGGCUUGUGGGUUGUCGGCCGGACUCUUCUGGGCCUCGGAGGGUGCUGUUGCACUGGGCUAUCCGGAGCCAUCCAAGCGAGGCAGAUACAUGAAUAUAUGGCUUUGGUUUCGUACGGGUGGACCCUUACUGGGUGGUGCGAUUGUGCUGGGAUUGAACAAUGAUACCGAUUCGAAAAGCAAGGGGAAGAUCGGUUCCGAGACGUAUCUGAUUUUUGUGGCCCUUCAAUGUCUUGCCGCACCUCUGGCUUUAUUGCUAUCGCCACCUGAAAAGGCCCAACGCAGCGAUGGAAGCAAGGUGGUUGUUAUUCGGGAAGAUUCGUGGCGAAAGGAGAUGCGUGCACUCUGGAAACUUAGUCGUCGUAAGGAGGUUGUUCUGCUUCUGCCGGUCUUCUGGGCAGCAUAUUUCAACCAGUACAGCAAAAGCAUGUUGAACUAUUCCCAGCUAUCGAUGAACAGGACUGACUUGAUGAAGAUUUUCAAACAUAUUACUUUGGUGUUCGAGCUCGCGCCCUCAUCGGGUAACUUUGCGAACCUGAUAUCCUCUGGAAUUAUCAGCCGAUUCCUCGACUACCAAAAGAUAUCGACCAAAAAGCGGAUCAUUUUCUACUACGUGGUUCUCAUCCACAUUGUCGCCUGGGUGUACGGCUGGGUCAUUCAAGAAAAAUACACCGCCAAUCCACCCUCCCUGGACUGGACUGAUCCGGGCUUCACCGAAGGAUUCUUUGUGAUUCUACUCUGGGAAUUCUCCCAGCAGUCGCUGCAGAAUCUUCUCUACUAUCUGGUCUCCACGAUGACAGAUAACAUCUCCGAGCUGUCUCGACUCACCGGUAUUUUGCGCGGACAGGAGAGUUUCGCGCAGGCGGUGUCGUUCGGUCUUAAUACCCGGAGCUGGACGGGAGGAAGAGUUCCUCUCGCUGUUAAUACGAUCUUACUUGGCUUCGGAAUCUCCAACUACUACGCCACCCAAGUCCAGAGUCAAUGCGAAUUCGCCGAGGCGGAACAGGAGCGGCUGCGUCGGAACCAGCAGCUGAUGGACGCCUACGGCGACAAGGACAACGUGCAGGACUUGCAGCGCGCUCUCGACACCUACCGACCGCAAUGA